CUCUUUCCGUUUCCUCACAUUUCAUUUCAACAAAGAACUUUUAACAAUGGAGUCGUCCUCGAAAUCGGUUCUUGUGUGGAAAAAGAGAUCCGCCGGCGAAUCUUCUUCCGAGAUCGAGGAAGCGGUGGCGAGUCUUACGAUGUCUUCCAACAAGAUUACGCUGAUCAGCUCCGACGGCGUGUCGUUCGAGAUCGACGAAGCGGUGGCCCGUCAGUUUCUGAUCGUAGCGCACAUGAUCGAAGACGACUGCGCCGACAAAGCGAUUCCGGUUGAUAACGUGACCGGAGACAUCCUGGCCUUGGUAAUCGAGUACGGAGAGAAGCACGUGGAGGAAGCUGGUGUUAAGCUUGACGAAGAGGAAGAGGAGGAGGCGAAGAAGAAGCUGGACGAGUGGGACGCAGAGUUCGUGGAGAAGAUAGAUCUGGAGACGGUGUUCAGACUCAUCCUGGCGGCGAACUUUCUCAACUACGAAGGUCUUCUCGGUUUCGCUAGCCAGACGGUUGCUGAUUACAUCAAGGACAAAUCGCCAGAAGAAGUUCGAGAGAUCUUCCACAUCGAGAACGAUUUCACACCUGAGGAGGAAGCAGAGAUUCGCAAGGAGAACGCUUGGACUUUCAAUGAAGACGAUAAGUAAGAAGAUUGUAGAUUUUUAGGGUUUUUUUUUUGUUCUCUUUUGUUUUUCCCCCCUUUUUUAGAUUCGGUGAAUGGGUUUCAUCUGAAGCGUGUGAUUUGACUUGGUCUCUAGGUUAUCUUCUCUGUUUAGUACUACUCUUAAUGUUCUUGCUCUGUUAGCGUACUGAUUCUGAUUCUGGAUGGAUCUGGUUAAAAACCCUAAUUGAAAAAACUCAGUGUUCUUGAUAUUA